AUGGGGAAAGCACUAUCAGAGUUGAUCCAGCCAAUGGAUGCGCGCAUCGCGUCUGUCCGUGACUUCAUCCACGAUAUCAAACCACGCAUCUUACAAUCAGACUCCAUCGUGCCCAUCACGGAUCCUUACGGCCCCAGCGUGGUGGAUCCAGACAUGAGGUGCAUUGUGGUCAGUGAGGAGACCAAGAAAGGUGGAGAUGCUGUCAAUAGGGUCAGACAGGAAAAGGGUCUGUGUGUACUAGACAUACAUGAGAUAUCUCUAGUAGAGGACAUCAAUCAUGCUGCACAUGAAGAAGCUAAGAUAAGUUCCUCAACACAAAGGAUUCGACUCCUGGGAACACUGCUCAAGCAACCCACGAAUAAAGAUCUACCUGGCACUCCAUACGUGAUUGGUCUGACCGGCGGCAUAGCCAGCGGGAAGUCUUCAGUAUGUAGACGGCUGGAGGGGCUCGGUGCUGCAGUGAUUGACUGUGAUAAGCUGGGUCACAAGGCCUACCUACCAGGCACGCAGGGAUUCAGGAGAGUGCUGACUGAGUUGGGACAAGGUGUGUUGGGGGCUGAUGGAAGCAUCAACAGACGUGCCCUCGGCGCCAAAGUCUUCCAAGACCGAUCCCUUCUGGACCGGCUGAACCAGAUCGUCUGGCCGGAGAUUGCCAGCAUGGCUCAGGAGGAGAUGAGGGUCCUGGGUGAUGGAGGAUGCCUGGUGUGUGUGCUGGAUGCAGCCGUGCUGAUUGAAGCUGGGUGGGAAGGCUUCUGUCAUGAGGUGUGGUCAUGCAUUAUUCAUAAGGAUGAGGCCUUGAAGCGUAUUCUAGACAGGGAUCGUCUACCAGAGGAGAAGGCACGACAGAGCAUAGAAUCCCAGCUCAGUAACCAGGAACGUGUGGAUCAUUCCAAUGUUGUCUUCUGCACCUCCUGGGAGCCAGAGGUCAUGCAGUAA